CGAACACAAAGGCACAAUUAGACCCACAAGAGAAAUCAUAGGUAGAAGUCAGCUGAAGUCAAGACUGCAGCCACUGUCUCACAGGAUUAACAGCAUAAUCACAAUUAAACAUACAGAUGGAGAUGGCAGUGUCCCAGGAAGUGGAGACCAUCAACUGUCUCCUGAGUGGCGUCUUGCCCCUUGCGUCACACAUCAGCCGAGCAGCCUUGGCUGUGCUCUUCUUUGUGCGGUUUGGGAUCCUAGCGGUUGGAACUUGGACUAUCUGGAGAGAUGAGGAGAAAGACUUUACAUGUAACUCUUCACGAUUGCUUUGCUCCACCAGUUGUUUUGAUGAAUUUUCACCCAUAUCCUCGUUUAAUCUCUUUUCACUGCAGCUGGUGGUCCUGAUCACACAUGGUCUCUCUGUGGCCUGCUACAUAAGGCUGGGCUCUAUAAGAAAGGGAGCCUGGGUGCAGUUUAGAAACAUAAGGGUUCAGGUAAAGUUGCACAUCCUCUGGCUCCUGAGCAGAGCAAUCAUUGAGGGCCUCUUCAUCUUCACUUACUGCAAAGUAUCUGGAGGAUUUCUACGCCCAGCUGUAACUCAGUGCCACUCUCAGUUGUGUGAAGAACAAAUUAUUUGUACAGAUCAGACUUCAUACAUAAAAAAUAUCUUGAACUUGUGUAUAUGCACAGCAUCAGCUGCCAGUGGAUUCAUCUGCUUGAAGGAGAUAGUAGAAUCUCUAAAAAACCAACAACUGGCCAGAAGCCUCUCAUACAGCCCACUGCUCAUAGAAAAUCACUACUUCUGCUCCAACACCUGCAAUGAAAAGCCGUCUUUCAAGAAUCAUCCUUCUAAACACACGGAGUCAUGUUAAAGAGACAGUAAACACCUUGAGGUUUUAUAUAAAAUGUUAAGUUAUGUGUAAUGAAACAACUUUGCAAUGCAUUUUGAUUAUUUAUUUUGCCACCUUUUCAUUUAUUUUAGCUCUGAAAUUUGAGCAAAUUCUAAUUCUCAGAACUUGAAUGCAUCUGCUGACUUCUCAAGGAUAUCUAUGCUACAUAUCUGCCUCUAAUUGACUUGAACUGAUAACAAAUGCAAAACAAUGCACUCUAUACUAACUUUAUGACCGUGGCUAGCCUUGUUCUCUGAGGACUAAAGCCCAGAUUGGCUCCUCCAAAUAAUGUAAAUGAUGGGUGGAGUUUGGCUGUUGAAAAAUAGUUGCAGUAAAAAAGGAUGUUAAUCUGUUUAUAAAAUGUUAAGACUUGGCUGUUAUGUUAUUAUAUAGCAACACACCAGAAAUGUCUUGUAAUUACAAGGUGUUUACUGUCCCUUUAAUUAGAAAUUCUACCCUCAACAACCAAGAGAUUAUAUGUACAUAAAAAGGCAACUAGCUAUGGUCAAAUAAAAAUUUCACAUCAAAGCAUUUCUAUCAGCUCCGGAGUCUUAGGUCUGAUGAUCUAAAUCUCUCCACUCAGGUGAGACAAAUGGAAUCCACAGCACCAAUUAGGUAAAAGAAAAUACCUUUAUUUUCACAUUACAUGCGACGUUUCGGCCUUCACAGCCUUAAUCAUGCAUACCACUCAGGUGAGAUGAUCUUAGAAGUCUCAUCAGUUCAACGAGGUCCCACAAAUGCUACUUUGAGAUAUGUUUAUCACACGAUACAGGUUUUUGUAUGUGAAGGAGAGACUCCUAUAUAACAAUAUAAGGCCUAAAAACAAAUUCCAAAGAUUUUGUGUGAUUUCUCUCAUUGGCGGUGAGUUUUUGAUCAUUAAGCCCUCAUUGAGGACACAUGCCAAUGAGAAGAUUAUCACAGUAAACAUAACAACUUCUUCAAUAAAUGCAAAUUAACAAACAAUAAUGCAUUGUAAUUGUGCAUUGGAACCCAUUUUUUUUCUUUCAUGAUUCGCAUAGAGAACACAAUUUUAAACAACUUUCCAAAUGACUUCUAUUAUCAAAUUUGUUUGGUUCUCUUGGUAUCUUUUGUUGAAAUAGAUAUCUAAGUAGGCUCAGGUGCUGCUGAUUGGUGGCUGCACAUAUUGGCUCACCAUGUGCAUUGCUGUUUCUUCAACAAAGGAUACCAGUAAAAUGAAGUAAAUUAGAUACUAUAUAAUAGAAGCAAAUUGGAACAUUGUUUAAAAUUGUAUGUUGUAUCUGAAUCAUAAUUUUUUUUUUUUGGGUUUCAUGUCCCUUUAAAUUAUAAAUGUAAUGAACUGAAAAUAUCUUUGGUCAACUGCAAUCUGUACCAAGAGUCAGUAGUUCCUUGUUGUGUCAAUAUUAAAAUCCCAUGUAGCUUUAUGAUCUGGAUUUAUUUUUAUGCUCACCAACUUUGGGAUAUACGUAUGCAUUACCAAUGUAUCUGCACAAAGGCUGAUCAUUUUAUGUUUAUGAUCAUCUUGUAUUAAAAUUCACAUAUGUAUUUACAUGUAUAUACGUAGGUUAGGUAUGGAUGUUGCUGUUAACUUGUUGUUACCUGUUGUUACCAUGGUGGCCAAACUUAAUGAGGCCACAGCACACAGAUGAUAGCUAUUAUCAUUCCACCAAUCAGAAUGUUUGUUACCUUUUAAAAAGCAUAUGUAUUUUUUAUGUUUUGUAUAAUAGCCUGAGGAAACAGCCCUUCUGAGGCUGAGAAACACAUUGGUUUUAAAUAAAGCAUUGUUUUUAUUAUA